AAAUUCAUGUCUUUUAAUCAAGUUUUUUAUCAUUCUACCUCUCAGUGAUUUUAUCACAGUAUAGACAACAUUAUUUUCAUGAUGACAUUGGGCAUAACAAGCUCAGUCAAGCAAAUAUACUGAGCCAAAGAAGUUGGGACGAUAGCGACCUAAGUCAGGAACAGACCGUCAAAACUUGUCAAAAUGACGAGUAGUGACGCAAAGAAGUAUUUGACCAACAAGGAGAUCCCUCAGUUAUUUGAGAGUCUCAUGACAGGCCUCCUGUUUAACCGUCCUGAGGAUCACAUUGCAUUUUUGCAAGCUUGCUUGGAGAAGGUAAAACACGAGGGCCUUCACAAUAUCAAAUGGAAUGUUUUCAUAGAGCACGCCAACGGCAAAAAGCCUUUGCCUCCCAUUGCUCCAGGAACAAAUGGAAAGAUAGAGAAGAAGGAGCCAGAAACACUGGAUGAAUUACUUGCCAGUUUGGAAACAUCUUCAAGCAUUACUCUAAUGGCAUCUUCAGUUCCCACAGAGAUGAGGAGAUCCAGUCCUCUCCCACCUAUACGAAGCACCACACCCUCCAAAGAACCAGCUCCUGUUGCUCCAGCCACGCCAGCAGUGCCAUCUAGUGGCAGUGAUCAGUUGCCAACUGCUCAUGUUGUGCUGGUCAUGGGUGGUCCGGGCAGCGGCAAGGACAUGCAAGCACUCCGCCUGGCGGACAAAUACCAAGGUUGGGUGUAUAUAUCCACUGGCGAUCUACUCAGGAAACAGGUGGCCGACAAAGGUGCCAGUGACACCAAGUGGGGCCAGAUCAGCACGCUUCUCCAGGACGGAGAAAUGGCACCAGAGGAGGACACAGUCGAGCUGUUGAUGGAUUGUAUGAAGCAGCACCCUGAUGCCAAAGGUUUCAUCAUCACUGGCUAUCCCAGGACACUGACACAACUAGAGGAAUGCAAAAAACAUAUUGGUCAGAUAGACUUAGUUUUGAUGUUCGACUGUGACGAGAAUGAAUGCUUGCAGAACAUCAUUGGCAGAGGUGCCACCACUGGCAGAUCUGACGACAACGAGGCUGCAGCAAAACGUCGCCUUGCAUAUUUCAAACAAAACACACUUCAGGUUGCCAAACAAUUUGAAGAUGCUGGAAAGUUACACAUUGUUGAUGGUGGCAGAAGUGGAGACGAUAUCUUCUUUGAGGCUUGCGUGGCUUUUGACAAUGUUUUUUACAAUAAGGGCACACCAGGAGAGCCCAGCGCCACUCCAGCUUCUUCAGAGUCAGCAGGAGCUUCUCUGGUGAAGGUUCAGUUACCCCCUGUGCCCUUAGUGCUGGUGAUGGGUCCCCCAGGGAGUGGCAAGGACACCCAGGUUCUCCGUCUGGUGGACAGAUACAAGGGCUGGGUGUACCUAUCUGUGGGUGAUCUCCUCAGGAAACAGAUAGCAGAGAAAGGGUCCAGUGACAUGAAAUGGGACAUGAUCAGCACACUUGUGAAGGAUGGAGAAAUGGCACCAGAGGAUGUUACCAUGGAAUUACUGAUUGAGAAUAUAAAGAAGCACCCCGAUGCUGCAGGUUUCAUAAUUGCAGGGUAUCCAAGGGAUAUGAAACAGCUAAAGGAAUAUAACAAAUAUAUCGAAAAGGUUGACAUAGCAUUCAUUCUUGACUGCGAAGAGAGCACGAGUAAAGAGCGCCUGAAGGGCAGGUUAACAGCUACGGGAAGAAUUGACGAUAACGAGAAUGCGGUAGCACGUCGUUUGGAGUUCUUCAAACAGAACACCCUCCCUGUGGCCAAACAUUUUGAUGAACAAGGAAAAUUAUUAGUUAUUGACGGUGACCGUGAUACAGAUGAAACCUUCUUCGAGUUGUGUAUGGCGUUUGACAAUAUUUUCUUUCCAUCCCCACCUGCAGCAAGAGUUCCGUCCCCUCCAAAAAGUCCCAGAAAGACAAGUGGCAGACGACCCAGGUCGCGGACAAGUAGCCAGACGCCAGUAAAUUCAGAAAAACCUGCAGACGCACCACCAACAGAGACGGAAGAAGAGGAAACUGGAGACAGUGGCCAUGAGGUGUUGAAGAAUGCCAAGGUGGUAUUUGUGAUAGGUGGUCCUGGCAGUGGUAAAGGUACCCAAUGUGAGAGAAUGGUCCAGAAAUAUGGGUUUACCCACCUGUCAACGGGUGACCUACUUAGGGCUGAGGUCAAGGCUGGCACACCGAGAGGGAAACAACUGGCAGCUAAGAUGCAGAAGGGAGAACUUGUCCCCAUGUAUUCUGUUCUGGGUCUUCUCAAGGAUGCAAUGAUCAAGCACGCCCCCAAGUCCAAGGGGUUUAUCUUGGACGGCUACCCCAGGGAGCUGAAGCAGGCCACUAACUUUGAAGAUAAGAUCUGCAAAUGCCAGUUUGUCCUGUACUUUGACGUCUCUGACCCAGUGAUGACUGAGCGUCUUCUGGAGAGAGGGAAGACCAGCGGCAGAUCUGAUGAUAACGAGGAGACCAUCAAAGAGAGGCUGAAGACUUUCCAUGAAGUCACCGAACCUGUUAUCACCCAUUUUGAAGCAGAGGACAGGGUCAAAAGAGUGGACAGCAAUGGCUCCAUUGAUGAUGUCUGGGCCAAGGUGCAGCCCAUCAUGGAUGAACUGGUGUCAGCCAUUGGAUUGGCUAGACUUAAUAUAGAUGUUACACCACUAAAGAAGUGCAAGGUUUUCUUCGUUGUUGGUGGUCCAGGCUCAGGCAAGGGCACGCAGUGUGAGAAAAUAGUCCAGAAGUACGGGUUCACCCACUUGUCUACAGGGGAUAUCCUAAGGGACACGGUGAAGUCUGGGUCACCCAUGGGGAAACAACUGAAUCAGAUGAUGGAGAGUGGUCAGCUUGUGCCUCUGGAGACUGUGUUAGAUCUUUUGAAGGAGCAGAUGGUGAAGAAAGCCAGCUCUACCAAGGGCUUUCUGAUAGACGGCUACCCCAGGGAGCUGGACCAGGGAAUUAAGUUUGAAAAUGAGAUAAAAGAAGUAGAGUGUGUCGUCUACUUCGAAGUCAGUGAAAAGGUCAUGAAAGAACGCCUAAUGCACCGCGCCAAGACAAGCGGCCGUGUAGAUGACAAUGAAGAAACAAUAGCCAAAAGACUGAAGACAUUCAAAGAAUGCACCACCCCUGUAAUAAAAUACUAUGAGGAGAAGAAGAAAGCUGCAAAGGUGGACAGCAAUGGCUCCAUUGAUGAUGUCUGGGCCAAGGUGCAGCCCAUCAUGGACGAACUGGUGUCAGCCAUUGGAUUGGCUAGACUUAAUAUAGAUGUUACACCACUAAAGAAGUGCAAGGUUUUCUUCGUUGUUGGUGGUCCAGGCUCAGGCAAGGGCACGCAGUGUGAGAAAAUAGUCCAGAAGUACGGGUUCACCCACUUGUCUACAGGGGACAUCCUAAGGGACACAGUGAAGUCUGGGUCACCCAUGGGGAAACAACUGAAUCAAAUGAUGGAGAGUGGACAGCUUGUACCUCUGGAGACUGUGUUAGAUCUUUUGAAGGAGCAGAUGGUGAAGAAAGCCAGCUCUACCAAGGGCUUUCUGAUAGACGGCUACCCCAGGGAGCUGGACCAGGGAAUUAAGUUUGAAAAUGAGAUAAAAGAAGUAGAGUGUGUCGUCUACUUCGAAGUCAGUGAAAAGGUCAUGAAAGAACGCCUAAUGCACCGCGCCAAGACAAGUGGUCGUGUAGAUGACAAUGAAGAAACAAUAGCAAAAAGACUGAAGACAUUCAAAGAAUGUACCACCCCUGUAAUAAAAUACUACGAGGAGAAGAAGAAAGCUGCAAAGGUCAACGCAGAAGGCAGCAUUGACGAUGUUUGGAAUCUAACAGAGAAAGCUUUGGACCAGUUUGCCCAGUAGAAAUAACUGCCAAAUCUCA